UUUAUGGUGACGUCAGCAAGAUAGAGCGGCGCGCGGCGGCUACCACUCCGGUCUGGACGCACGAGCUUCUGCUCGAGACCGUGAAGACGCUUCCUGAGCUUCGGCAGGUUUGGAACAACAUUAUAGCUCAAGGCCGAUGUGUUCAGCCCAUGUAAACAUUGAGAUUGUCAGUGGGGGAGAGUGAGCUGUCAUUCACUAGAUCCACCCCAGCCAAAGGACAACAGUUAACUACUGAUAGAUUUAUUCAGGGCACCUGCUGCACCUUUUUAUGAUGACCACUCGAAGUGAAGGCUGCCGCAUUUGUGGGAGUGACCUGCAAGGUAACCAGCGGCGAUGGCUGUAUGCAGGUCAGAACAAAAAGGGGGCACAACCUCAGACGCCGACAGACUUUUCUAGCAAGGGAAGCUUGCCCAGAUCGGCACAAAGCAGCCCAUGGGGCAGCACUUUAUCACUAAGCUCCUCCCGUUCGCUAUCGAAGUCUCGUGGCCUGCUCACCCCCACGAAAGGAAUCGACCUGCUUUGUGUGCUGACACAUAUAUUAGAGCAGUCUGUACCACGUGGGGACGGUCAGGGGGAGUUUUUAUGCGGCAAGUGUGUGUCUGUUUUGGAGCGAGUUUUCAAGUUCGACACCGUCAUUGCCAGAGUCCGAGUGCUGUCAAGUGAGAGACUCCAGAAACUCACUCAGGAAAGGGACAAGAUCAGGCGAUGGGUGCGAAGCAUGUACGAUCAAUGCCACAUGUCUACUUCAAGGAGAAACGGAAGUUCCAGUGAGGAUGAAGGGGACAGGAAGGAUUCUGUAGGAGAAGGAUACCGAGAAAUGCUGAGGGACAACAUGGCCCUCUCCGAGUACGAAUGGUGGUCCGAGAAAGCGGAGUCGUGUCCGUAUUAUAGGAGGACAGGGAAACGGUGUCAUAAAGGCAAGAAGUGUGAGUGUUGCGAUUCCUUGAGGGUGUCUGACUCGGACUACGAGUCUGUUUGUGGGAUUCCACGUCACUUGCCCGAUCAAGCUUUCACGUCAUUGGGCCUCUCUCGAGAAAAAUCCUGCAGCAUGCCUCUUCAUUGGUCGAAAGUGCCGUCUGUCAGAUCCAGCCCCGCCUCGCUGUCUGGUUCCUGUCAUUCUUUGCGAUCUCGAUCCCGCACUACCUCAGUUCAGUCGCUGGACUCUUUAGACGGCAACGAUCCGUUUGAUUGGCCAGAAGAGCAUUCGGCCAUUAUAGACACAGUUUUCAAAGAGUUAAGGAGAAUUGAAGGAAAGCCAGUGAGGUCACCUGCUGGAAGUCGCAUUCCUGUGUUGGGCAGAGGGGACUUGCAGAAUGGGAAGGAUGAGGUGGGACUGAAAGCAGGGUUAGUGAGGGUCCUGAAUUUUGGAGAGGGCAACAAUGGGAUGGAGGAUGAAUUUGAAGAAGAUAACAAUGACAUCCUGACUGAGCUAAAAGACGACUUUACGCCAUUGCAAAGAGAGGCGUCCGCAGGUAGGGUGCACCUUGCUGUGAAGCAGUUGCGUGAACAACUUGUUCAAGCUCAGACUCGCAUCAGAAGUCUUGAGGCACAGCUAAGGGACGCCAACAAACCAACAACCGAUGCUCCUGCCAAGCAGUUGAAGUCUCCGCAAGUGACCAGUCUGAAAAAUAAAAAUGAUCUCAUAGAGAGUUUUAGCCAAUCACUGCACAGCAGAGAGAACGUAAUCCAGGAAUGUGUGACUUUGAUCCAGAAGCUGUGUGCUGAGCAGGGGCUGGAAUCACAGGACACUGACAAACUCAUCAAAAAACUGGCCAGCGCAGUGACUGAUGCAUGCAGUGAACGCGAGGUGGUCCUGGAGGCCCAGCUGUCUGAGGUGAGUGAAAAAGAGAAAACUCUGGAGAAACAGCUGCAGGCCAUGAGAGACGCUGGCAGAGAGAGAGACAGAGACUUCAUCACACUCAACACUGUGCUCCAGUGUAACCAGGAUGUUAUUAACCACCUGUGUGUAGAGCUUGCGGAGAGGGAUCGAGCCCAACAGGAGAUUAUGAAAGAAUGGGAAGUGUGGAAAGAGAGAGAUUCAGCUCUGACUGCACUGGUGAAGGCGAACAAAGACUAUAUUUCCCAGCUAAAAGAGGCGCUGGAGAGUUCACGCAGAGAUGUGCAGGCACUCUCAGACUCACUGAUUGGACGGGGAUUGGAAGGGGGCGGAGCUGAGGCUGGAUUAGUCAAUCAGCUGGGAGAGAAAGAAGCUCUGCUGGCAGCGAGCUUCAGAGAUAGAGAGGAGCUCAGCGCCACCAUGCUGCAGGAGAUCUCAAGUCUCUCAUCGGCCUUAACUGAUGCUGAAAGCAUCAUACUGGACCAAAGAGAAAAUCACAAACAAGCCAUCACUGCACUAUCAGAGCAACUCAAGGACACACUCAAAGAGCUGAGAGAGAAAACCAAGGAGAAAAAGGAGGCUGAACUAGGCUGGAAGAAGGAAAAUGAGGAGAGAGCUUUUGAGGAAGGAAAACUAAGAGACAAUCUUCAGAAGAGGGAUAAACUCAUAGAGCAAGUUCUUCUGGAGUUACAGGAGCGGGACGGUGUGUUAACAGAGCUACAGCAAAACAUCUCUAGCAGACUUGGACCCAAAACAGCCCUCAAACACACACUGUGAGUGUGUGAUUAAACACAUAAUUUGAGUUGAAUGAUGUUGUGUAUGCGCUAAACUUGAUAACAGCUCAAUAUAUUGUGAAUGGCACUACUUUCAUUGAGUGCAAUCUAAAACAAUGGUUCAGCUUCUAAUAAAGUUAAUUCUGUUAAAACAGUAAUGAAUAGUGCCAUUUGCAUGUUCUACCAGAUUCCUCAAAACUGAACUUUUGAGAAAGUUGAGUGUAUAUUAUGAAAUGUUUUUUUUUUUUGUUUAAAUUAAUUUAUGACUGGGGCAUUACAGGUUGCUUUAGUAAUUUAGAUUGAACUAAAAAUGUUCUGAUUACUUCCCACAUUUCCAGAUUUUGGUUCCAAGAUUUACAUUGUUACACACAAGUGCCUUUUCAGCACACACUUUGCUUAUUAAUAAUUAUUUUUCCAUAUCCCACAAUCCUGCCAUUAUUAUUAUUAAAUGUUUAAAUUGUGUUUUAUUAAUUAUGAAUGGAUAUGUUGAAUGCUGCUUUUCUUGUUAUUGUUUGAUUUGUCUUUCCCCAAUGUGAUUUUCCAUGUGAUCUUAUAUUUUUUCUUUAUUUAUAAAUGUUUGAUUUUGGAGAUUCCAUUAUGGUACCAACUGGAAUGUGCUAUCUUCGUUCCAGUGUAGAGAAAACUUUUGCACAAUAGAAGGAUUUAAAGACUCUCUGGAAAGUACAUGUUUUAAUCGGCUUAUUUUAUUUGGCUACACUGGAAUCCUCACGACUUGGUGCAAACCUCAUAAAUCACAUUUCAAAUGAAGC